UCGGCAGCAGCAGCAAACGUUGACGGACGGACGGCGUGUGUGGUGCGCGUGUGUACAAUAAUAUUGUACGGCGGCGGCGGCGGCAGUGCUCGGCGGGCGGCGGCCAUCGAAACGCGGUGUUUCCGAUACCGGCCGGCCGGAAGUAGACGUUCGCGUCGUAUGCCGCGAUCUGUUUCCGGACAGCGCGAAAUAACACGAUCGUCAAAUAUAAAAUAUAUAAUCGUGUCGCGAUGCACCGUUGAAGUCGACGGACCGAAAAACUUCUUAAAUAAUAAAACACCGUAGGUGCAUAGUUCUGUAAUCUUUCCCUCGUCGCCGGUUCCAGUGGCCGAUGUGUGUUACACCGCACGCGCGUGUUCGCCGCGGGACGUGACAAUUUUAAAGAAAAAAAAAAAUUCCGAGAUUGAAUUAAAAAAAUCGGGUUACGUACAUUUGCGCGGUUUCCAUUCGUCGCCGUGGUUGUAUAGGACCGUGCUAGGAGAGUAUACAAGGAAUAUUGAUUCUCUUUUGCAAAAUCAUUCGAAACGAAAUGAUAUACUGUCGGAAAAAUGAGCUGACAAUGAACGAAUGAAAUACGAUUGAUAUGUAUUUUUUAGAUACAAUGUUUUGAAGGUGGGCAUUGAAAACAGUCAAUGGAUAUUUUUAAUCGUUUUAAAAACCAAUGCUAAGAGUUCCACAAAAACAAUACUCACAAGUCACAGAUACAAUCAAGGACAUCACGUGAGUUAAUUACUGCAAUGAAGAGGACGUACCACGUACCCACUCUCUAGAGGAGCUGCUUAUUAAUGAAACACUCGAUGACAGUACGAGAUUAAAAAGAUUAAAAUCUCCAUCGAACAAUGACUCAAUGGUUUGCUCGCUGGAUGAAACAAUGAGUACAUUUAUGGAAACCUGUAAUGACACAGAAAUGAAUUCGACAUUUAAUUUCAGUUUGGAAGAAGUAUAUUCUAUUUUGUUGGAGCAUAAACGCGAUUCCCGAAAUUUGGACAAAAGUACUGAGACGCUGCUGAUAAUAGUGUACUUCGGUUUGAUGAUCGUCGGGCUGUCGGCCAACCUGACCGUGAUUUACGUGGUGGCCAGACGGGCUCAGAUGCACACCUCCCGGAAUCUGUACAUAGUCAACUUGGCUGUUUCCGACAUGACUCUGUGCUUGGUGUGCAUGCCGUUCACGCUGACGUCGAUAUUGCGGCACCAGUGGACCAUGGGCACCGUGUUGUGCAAACUCGUGCCACUGUUGCAGGGCACCAACAUUAUGGUGUCGGUAGGCACGAUCACGGUGAUCGCCAUAGAUCGAUACUGGGUGAUCGUCCGCGGAUCCGCGCAAAACGAAAGGCGCACGGUGUACGUGUCCAUAGCUACCGUAUGGCUGUUGGCCGUCCUGACCACAUCGCCCGUUGCUUAUUACCAGGUGGUCGAACCGUUAAAAUUUCAACAUGUAGUUUUAUACGAAGCUUGUCGGGAAAAAUGGCCUUCAACCGAUAUCAAAGUGGCGUAUAAUAUUGCAGUAGUGCUCAUUCAAGCAGUACUACCCGCCACUGUUCUUUUGGUAGUUCAUAUUCGUAUCGCAGCAUAUUUACACGCACACACUGCUUCUCAAAAAGACUCGAGGCGUGCACAGCGAGAACUUCAAAGGAACAAACGGACCACCCUACUUCUGAUAGGAGUGGCGGUCGUCUUUACUGUGAGUUGGCUUCCGUUGGCCGUGUUCUCGUUGGCCGCCGACCUAAUGACCAAGCCGAUUACGACCAAACAGCUGUAUGUGACGCUGGCGGUUUGUCACCUGACCGCCAUGACCUCAGCCAUCUCAAACCCGAUCAUUUACGGCUGGAUGAACUCCAACAUCCGUAACGAGCUGUAUCAACUGUUCUACACGAAAAUCCUGAGACGGCGACCGGGCAACCGGUCCAUGGCGACAGCCACGACAACUAUUAGGAACAGGACCCGGCCUCUGAUCACGUACAAUACUUCGAAUUACAUGCCUGGAAGUCAGGAGACGUUUUCGAGGGGAGUCACUGUGCUUUAGGCAGGAGCCGUGGAUGACCACGGCCGUACCGCCGAAAGGAUAACGUUUCCAGAAUUAUUUAUUUUAUUUUAAUUUUUUCGUAUGACAUCCCAUCUUCUAUCGCGUUAUUGCAAAGACUCGACAUUAAUUUCUAAUACGAAAAGUUACAUCAUUUUACCACUGCGAUCUUAUAAUAAACAAACCAGGGGUUCUUAACCGGUGAUCCAUCGCCGUAGAUGUUUACUCAAGCUUUCGUGAAAUGGCUCUGAACAUCUUUUUUUUUUUUUUUUUAAUAAUUCGAUCUAUUUGAUGACUUAGGUUCACCCACUUACAAUAUUCAAAUAUUCAUUGUUACGAUUAAAAUUAAAAUAUAACAUUUUAUAAUACUUUUUUAAAUUAUCAUUAAAUAAUAAUCAAAAUGAAAAUUUGUUUUUAUUUAUGAAUGCAUGACUAUUAUACUUUAAAUAAAAAUAAAAUGUUAAGACCCACUACACAUUGAUAUAAGCUGUAUAGUGUAUAGUAAAGGUAUCAUGAUUUAUUAUUAAAUGUUACAUUAUACACUUUACACUAUACAUACCGUCAUACCGGAUGUAACAGAAAUAACUUAUGUACAAAAAAUGUAAUUACCCAACUAUUGAUAAUAACACUAUAAUAUAUCAUAACUAUACUAGUUUAGGUAUUAUAUUUUUUUGACCAACGGUUAUUACAUGUUGUCAACUACAUGUUACAUCAAUUCUUUCUUGCUAAAACCUUAGUUGAAUGAUUGGUGUUUUCCUUUUUUCUUUUUUCGUCCAAUUUUCAACAUAAUACACUUUUAAUCGUACCUAAUCGUAAAAUCGUAAUUAAUUAAUUAAUAUGAUACAUUAUAAAAAUUAAAAUUAUAUAAUUAUAUAUAGGUAUAUUAUAUUUAAAUUUAAAUUUUUUUUACCGAUCAUAUAAUUGUUAAAGUGGUGCAUAUACACUUAGCAACAUAGGAUAUUAAAUUAAGAAAAUGGAAUUAUAUUUAUUACUUUAAACUUUAAAGUGACUAGCGUUGAAAUAAUCAUGUCACAGGGAUAUAAACCUAUAAUGUACUUCUUUAUUUUUAUUUCAUAAAAAAAAAUUAUCAUAUACAUUAGAAAGAUAUCGUAACAAUAUUAGCUGGAUAGACGAUAAUCACCGAUUUCGUCAAUUACUCGAUACUGCUCAAUAUACGCUCAGGUUUUAUACAAUUGUUAUUAUAUAAAGUAUUAUACUAUAAAAUAACCAUCUAAUAAUAAAUUGGUAAAAACUGGGUCUGAUUAAAUAAAAUACAUAUAGUUAAAUUUGUUCACCAUACAAUUUUGAAACUGAAUUAUCAAUAAACUCAAUAGUUUUUGAUCGACAUGAAAGCUUAAGUAUAUUUUAAAUAUUGUCAUAUAAUAUAAUAUAAAAAGAAAAUGUUAAUCAAUUAAUUUCAUAAUAAAGAAUAAUUGAACAAUAAAAGUGGUUUUUUUUUCAAGUUACCUAACAAUAACUUAUUAGUUUAUCAUGUAAAAUUUGAUUCGUCAAUAUUUUUCUACGAUUGAUAUAUAAAUAGAACCUAUGUAGUACAGUAAAAUGUUAUACUCAAAGUUCCAAUUAUAAGUUAUGUUAAAUAAAGUGCGAAACGAUGAUGAUGCCAUACACUAAUACACUACACUUCCCAGCAUCUACACCUGAUUUAUUGAAGUGUUGAAGUGUACAUAUUACACAAUAUAUUAUUUAUAAAGUAUACCGAUAGGAAUAAACACCACGAAUAAAUUUCCGAAAAUAAUUGCUUCCAAACUAUAAAAAGUUAUUAUAAAAUUUAAAUAUCACUAAAAAUGAUCACAACACAAGACUAUUUAAUGUAAUACGAGUGUUUAUGAAUAGGUACUUUCUUAGGUACCUAAUAUUUUUAUAUGGUAUAGUCAAACGAAUAUAUUAAAUGAAAGAAUAAAUGGGUACGGAGUGGCAGAGCGGACUAAGGCGUCGGCUUCGACGCAGUCGACCCAAGUUCGAUUCCUCGGCCAUAGGCGGCAUUUUUCUUCGGACAAGUCACGGUGUCCGGAGAACUAGUGCCGCCAUCCCCCGCCCGGGCAUGGCAGAUACCUACGGGUGCCCACUUGAAAAUCUGCCAAAAACUACACACACGUGUUUACCAACCAACAGUACCUUCCCCUACAAAUAAACAAACAAACAGCUAAUGGCCAUAGUUGCCGGGCUUAAUAACCAAUUAAAAAAAAAAAAAAAGAAAGAAUAAAUAUUAUUAUGAAGCAUUUAUUUAUGGAGUAAACAUAUUAUCAUAAGCCAUAUGAAAGUAUAUUAAUGUUUACGAAAAUAAAAUCAAUCAAAAGUUUAAAAUGUUGUAUACAUUAUUUUGUUGUGCUUAGAUUACAUUUGUUUUUCGUAUAAAAUAACUUUUAGUUUAAAAAAAAGUGAAAAUCAAUUAGUUCUUAAACCAUAAAAUAUAAGUUUUGUAUAAUAAUAUACUUUUGUAACAAUUAUAUCUGUCUGCCUUAUUGAUAAUAUAUUACAUCAAAAUUAAGGUAUUGGAAUACUGUAAAAAAACUGUUACAAUAUAUAAAUCAUUUAAUUAAACUUCAUAGGCAUAUUUGCGCUUUAAAAACGUAUAAGGACCCAGAAGUUAGGUUGUAUGAUGGAAUCAAUUUUCUACAACUAAAAUAUUAUUGUUCUACAAACAUGUAAACGUACAUCUAGUCCAGUGUUUAACAAACCUCAGGUCUUCAAAAUAUAAAUAAUUAUUGUACUUAUUAUUUAUAUCUUAAGAAAAUCAUUCAUAUAAUAAUCUAUAAUUAUUCAAUAUAAAAUAUUACACAUAUUAUAUUGACGGAUAUUAUAAUUAUUAUGCCUAUACUAUUUUAAAUCAUAAAUUAAAUUAAAUUUCAAAUUUUACGAGCAGCGUGGAGUACUUUUAUUGACAUUUAUACAAGGUAUUGGGAAUGAAUUACAGAACGUUUCUAUAAGUAAGCCAUUAUUAUUAUUGUUUAAUGAACAUUUAUGUUAUAAUAAUAAUAAAAUAU